AUGCCCAUUGGCCUCGAAACGGUUGGACUGCGUGCAGCUGCGCUUCAAGUCUCCAGGUCACCGCCAGAAGAUCUGCAGCACAUGGGGGCAGCUCAAUCAGCUAGCACAGCAGUGGUCCCCUGGGCGGAGCUGCGAUCAGAAUUCAAGAGUGAAGAAAGGAAGGAGCAAGGCAUCCAGACUGACGCUGAGGUGAAGCCGAUGGCCUUCUUUCACCAGCCUACGAUUGCCAAGACAAAACCCAUCGAUCCUGUCAACAUACAGUCACGCAGACCUCGGGGCUCGAGAUCCAAUGCGCCUAUUGUCCUUGCAGAUGCAGCAACCUCUUACAAUCUGGAUCCUGACCAGCUAGGCCGGUGUCGAAGACAGGCGCUCUUAGCUGUUCGACAUAGCUACUUCGAGGUGUUGGUAAUGCUGACGUUACUGGCGUCCUCUGCAACUCUGGGUAUAGAGACGCACCUCAACAUGCAGGAUGUUGAAUCAGAUCCUCAUGUGAUUUUCCGUAUUUUUGAUAUCUUUUGGUGCGCAGCUUUCUUGCUGGAACUCUUUGUGCGAAUGCUUGCAGAUGGACGGCAUUUCUUGAACUCUCGCAAUCCAGAGUUCAUGUGGAACCUCACUGAUACUGUUCUAGUUGCAUUUUCCACAGCAGAUGAGGGCUCGAGAUCUAUUUCCGGUUGCGCCAUGGCCCGCGGUCUGCUUGACAAUUUCCGCAAGCCCGAUUUCAAUGUUGCCGCCUUUGUGCGGGAUGCAGGGGCGCAUGGGGACACCUCACGGUUGUCCCAACAGCUGCAAGAUGCGGCAGCCACAUUGGAAGAAGACCUGCGGAGAGAGAUUGCAGCAUGCCACGAAGAGCUUCUUCUAUGUGCCAGUAGUAUCAAUGAUUUAGAUGGACAACUGGGAGAGGCUCACGACAUUGUUGGAGCUCUAAAAGCCUCAGUGUUGCGAGUUCGGGGUGAUGUGCUGGUACCCUUCCAAGACAUCAAGUGGAAGGUAGAACUGCUCGAGAGAAUGCAAGCCGUGAAUGUGCUGAUUCGACGCGUUGUUCGUUUCCUUUGGGAUGCACGAAAGCUGCGCAGUCAGAUGGACGCUCCUGGCAAGGACUUUUCCAAAGCUGCACAUACACUGCACGAGCUGGAGCUACUUUUGCAGGAGACUGGAUUGGAUAAGGUGGACAUUCUGAGGGCAGAGGUGCUGUGGAUCCGCGACGUCAGUGCGAAAGUUCGCAGGCAGUCAGAAGAAGACUUGAGAAGUGGGGUUCGACAAGGCAACCAUAUUGGUCUGAGUGUUGCCCUCCAGGUUUUCUUCAAUUUGCAAUGCUUGUGGCCACAGUUGAAAAAACUUUUGGCAGAACUCUUGGAAGAAGUUCGUCAAGCUCCUCUCCCUGCAGGUGCUGGCUUUCAUCAGGCCCUUGAGGUGAAUUUGCAGGUGCUGGUAGGACAGACGCAGCGAGUCCAUGCACUGGAUGAGAUCAUUCAGGCCAAAGCGGAUCCUGUGACACAUAAAAGUUUUCAGUCAGUGCUAGAGGCUUCCAACGUCAAUUCCCUGACUAGCCAUUUCUGGGCUGAAGCGGUUGGUGUUUUCAAGGCCAAGUUUGCCAAGGUCUGUCAGGAUCGUGCCUUCCGCGCCAAGGCUGUGUCUGACUGCCCCAAGGUGCUACAAAACUUGGUCACAGCCGUAGAGAAACUGGGCCGCGGCAAGGUGAUGAAAGCCGUGGAGCGCGAGAUGCUCUUUCAGUCAGUUGCAGACUUACGCAACGAGUAUCUAGGAGAAGCCAUCAAGAGAAUCACAGAGCCUGUGGAAAUCAUGCUGCCUGACAAACUGCUGUCAUCCCUCAGUGCUUCUGGUGAGCGGUUAACUGGAGAAGCUGCUGCAACAGAUGAAUUGCCCACCAUGCACGACUUGAGGCGCUAUGUCCAACUUCUAGUGACUGAGUUGGAAAGAGUGGAGUCUUGCCCCGAGCUGCUCCUGAAAGACAUCAUUCGCAGUGUACGCAGCUCGGUACUCUUUUUUGCCACCCGCUUGGAGCAGGUGGUUGACUCUUCAAACGAGAUCCAAUGCCUUCGUGAAACGGAGGGCAGACUGCAGCUUAUCUCUCCAUUGCCCAUGCCUGCUCCGGGACAUGCUCGCAACGCUCGCUUGUUUGGCAUUGCGCAUCAUACACUUACAGCACUCAAAGAGUUGUUGCCACAGCGCUUCCAACAAGCGGUGGUGACGGAACAGGUCACAAGUACCUUGAAACAGACUCAGGCCGCAGUCGUGACGCCAAUUUUUGGCAGUCUACAUCAAUCCCUCAUUAAGGCAUCCAUGGGUACUUCCGAUGACCUGACAGCUGUUUGUCAGGCAGCUGGUCAUUUGAACCGCUACUAUUUCUCCCUCUUUGGAGCUGGUCAACUGCAGGGCCAUGUGAAGGAGUUCUGUGUCUUUGCCGUGAGAUGUUUCCUUUCUGCAGCUUCUUUGGUGAAGCCAUGCGGCCCUCAAGAGCGAAGCAUCUUAGUUAGGGACAUGGAGGUGCUUGAAAGCAUGCUUUCCACUCUGGAACCUGACUUCCAGACGCGCAUUAGGUAUGAAGCAUCAGUCAUGAACGAAUUCAAAAAGCUAUUGGGCACGACUGCAGGUUCCUUGGACUUUGAGGAGUUGAUGAAUGUGAUUCCGUUGCAUUUGCUGCUGACCUACCUGGUGCAUCAGGUUGAGGUGCCAAUACCCAGCCUCCCAGACUCUCUGCAGCUGCGGAAGGCGGAUUAUCUCGAGGCCGAAGCGUUGCCACUUUGGGAAGAGAAACCCCAAGCGCUGGAAAACCUCAAGGCCAAUGUGAGGCAUUUGUUUGAAAAGUGCCACCUGGCUCCGACUCAAUCCCCUUUGAUUGCUUUCGUCAUCCAAAAGUGCCGUUGA